GAAAGUAUGAUGUUCUUUAGGGAUACAAUUUUCUACGGCUUUCAGUGGCAUCGUGUACUCUUAAACCUCUGGAUUAAUCUUGUUCAUUUAUGCCAAUUGAUGGUAAUCUAGGAUAAACUUGAGCCAGCUAAUAUAUUGUUAGCUUCGUCAAGGGCCGUCGUUAAGUUUCAGUUUACUUGACACCAGUAACGUUGAUGUUGGAUCUCAGUGGCUUUCAUCGAUAUGUUUAACCGCAAUAAGACGCCGACCCCGCGGUCAGCUUACAGCCGCGAGCCGUACCCUCCGCCACGAGCGCCCUGGGUUUAUGAAUCCAGCCAUGGACCGAAAGCUGCGAACAGCUUUAAUUUUCCAAACGUGGAGAUGUUGCCUCGUUACGAAUGGAAGCCUCAACCAUUCACCUCUGCAUACGUCCCUCGGCACAUCGCCAGUAUAACCAGUGGGCGAAAGAGGCGCCAUAAUGAGCACAGUACUUACGCUCUCAAACGCCAACGAGUUGAACCUUUGCUCCAGCUAUCGCCCGCCUCCCCUCUAAGAUUGGUUGCCAAUCCUCCCCCAGCAGCGGAGGAGACCUUAAGAUUGGGCAUCGUGGGUUUUGAUCACUUUAAUCCCAAUCCGCUCCAUCAACCGAACACAGAGGUGCUCACCAUCCCUGACAUAUCAUUGAGCAUUCAGAACUACAUCACGGACAAGCUGAGUGGUCAGAUGGUGGAGUUGUUCGAGGCUUGUCAGCAACAAUCUUCAGAUCUGGAGAGGAAAGAGGCGUGUCGAGCACGGCUACAAGAAGACAUACAGGAAAUAUUUCCAGUGGCACGGCUUUACCUGACCGGAUCUUCGAUGAAUGGAUUGGGUUCCCGGAGCAGCGAUGCUGACCUUUGUCUUGUGAUUAAGGGAAAUAAACGUCCCAACCCAAUUGAUGUCCUCUCUCGGCUCAAAAGGGCUUUCAGAUCCCUCCCAUAUAUUGAAAGGAUUCAGCUGAUAAGGGCUAAAGUCCCCAUCCUCAAGUUCAGAGAGAGAGGCAGUUACCUGGAGUUUGACCUGAAUGUCAACAACACAGUGGGCAUCCGAAACACAUUCCUCCUGAGAAGCUACGCUUACGCCGAUGUCAGGGUUAGGCCCAUGAUUCUGGUCAUAAAGAAGUGGGCACGGCACAACCAGAUCAACGAUGCCAGCAAAGGAACGCUGAGCAGUUACACGCUGGCGCUGAUGGUCCUUCACUAUCUCCAGACUCUUAAAGAACCUGUCCUUCCUUCUCUUCAAAAGGCUCAUCCUGAGAGUUUUAAUCCCUUCAUGGACAUAGAUAAGGUUCCAGACGGACCCAAAAACAUUCCUCCCUACAUCUCAAGGAACCAGUCGUCUCUGGGCGAGCUGCUGCUGGGUUUUCUCAGAUAUUACGCUACAGUGUUCAGUUGGGAUAAACAAGUGAUCUCUGUGCGUGAGGCCACAACUUUACCCAAGACCAAUUCUCAAGAGUGGAGAAACAAGUUCAUAUGUGUGGAAGAGCCAUUUGAGAGGAACAAUGUUGCCAGAGCCGUCCAUGAGAAGAUGAAGUUUGAUGCCAUUAAAGCUCAGUUUGCAGAGUCAUACUGGAUCCUGCAUGCGAGGAAGGACCUGAACUCCAUCCUCCCUCUCAGAUCCAUCAUCAGUAAGGAGUCUGCGAGGCGAUGAGCUGACCGGCUUCUCCCCAGGAACAAUGAAAGACAUUGAGGUUAUACAGAGAAAGAGGCUUCAUCGGCUCCCAGCUGAAGAGGAUAUGAGGAAGAACUGAGUUGAUUUUGUUGGGCCUGAUUAAAAAUGCUGUACCAUGUCUGAUGUAGUUGUCACUGACUAGAGGAUUUGAAGGCAACAUCCAUCCCCUACAGACGGUAAACCAGAGCAGGAUAACAAAGGAUCAGGCUGUAUAGCUGCUUCAUGGUCUUCUGUGCUUUUAUGAGUAGAAAUGAUAUCAUCUCCCAUCUAAGAAGGGCUUAAAUGGAACUGACAGCUUUAAGGUGUAAAAAUCUCUUCACCUCUGAGCUUAUCUUAUUGCAGCUUGUUUUUUUUU